CAGUGUCAGGUCUAGUAGUGCUGUCGACAUAGGCCAAAUUGUUCAUUUAAGAAACUAAUAAGCGGCAUAUUUACAUUAACACCAAAUUUAACAAAUUAUCAUGUAGUUUAUGUACUUGUUCGACAAUUUCGCAUUUUCUUGACAACUCAGUUACUAGUUAAUGGGGUAGCGCUAACAUUAGCGUUAAAACCCGGUGUUAGCCUAUUAGUUUUACGUUAGCCAGUUAACGUUAGCCUAUACACAAAUAACUGUCACCAGAUAUGGACCUGGACAUUCGUCAGUAUUUAACUAAGGCAAAGGCGCAACAAGACCCUGGAGCUCUGCAGUCGGCCUACCAUUUAAUCAAAGACAUGACAGCAGCUGAAACCAGCGGACCAACUCCACGCAUUGCCCCUGAGUUGUACGUCGUUUGUUCGGAAUCAGCUCUUCAGCUGGGUUGUUUGGAGAUAAGCGCAGCGUGUCUAAAGAUGUACUUUGAAGGGAAUCCGCCGGCUAAUCAAUUUCUGUGUCGAGCCUACCUCUGCCAGGGCCAGCUGAAGUCUCCACCGGCCACUGGGAGUGUGGAAGACUUUGAAGAGGCUGUGAUGUAUUUUCUUAAAGCAAUUGAAAUUUCAAAGCAGGAACCAAGAUACCAUUUCAUGGUGUUCAAUGCCUCAGUGCUAUAUUUCCAGACAGUGCGUCCCCUCCUGCAGCCAGGGCAGCGCCUACACCUGGUUCCCUCCUUCCGGCAAGUGGUCCAAAGUCUCGAGGAGGUAGCAGACCAAGACCACAGCUGGAGGGCUGAACUCAUGAUGCACCUCAUCAAAUGUCUUGUUGACUCAGGGAAAAUGGAGGAUGCUGCAAGUUUUGCCAAAGUUACAGAAGAAUUGAUGAAGUCACAUACCCCACAUCUUUAUCCAAGACUCUUUAUAUUACUGGUACAACACAAUCUGAGAGAGAGUAAUGUCCUCAUUGAAAUGAGCAGGCAGAAUACCACCUUAGCAGUCAUUUACAAAAUACAGGAAUUUAAAAAGUUGGGAGAAAUAAAUAAGGAUGAGCUGACAAAAGAGGAUUCUGCCAAGCUUGAGGAGAUUUUCCAUCUCCUGGUGGAUUGUACGAAAACAUCCACUACGACCAUGAACCUUAGCCCUCUUCAGAGCCCAAUCCCCAUCCAACCAGCUGACAGAGUUGCCUUCCUCCUGGAGUUGGCUCUGCUGGCCUUGCAAGUGAAGCAUCAGAAAGUAGCUGCCGACUGUUUGAAAGAGCUAAAGUUGGCAAGAGAGGCUAGCAUUGGCCAGCGCUUAAUAAUGGAAUGUAUCAACUGUGAAAUCAACCUCCUGAAGAAAGCGGAGAAGAUGAAUGUCUAUUCCAAAGCCAGUGUGGAGGCCCGGCUGAAGGAGAUAGACAAGCUGGAUAAGUGGCUGCAGACUGCAGUGAGAGAGGGGGACCCUGAGGCUGUGCAGGCAGUGUGUGCUACCCAGUGGAGAUUCUGCCUGCCCCUUUUGCAGCACAACCUCAGGAAAUGCAUCAAGACACCUCUGCUCAAAGUGGUGCAAGCACUGGAAGACAUGCAGAGUAUGUUGCUGGAGAUGCGCUGUCAAGUCCACUCAGAGCUGGCAGUGAUUGAAGAGGAGGAGGGGCGCCUGGAGGCUUCUUUGACCCAGCUUCAGAAAGCCAUGCUGCUGGAUAACGGGGCACAACGAGAACGCCUGUCAUCAGCUUUGCGCCUCCUGCAGCUCAGAGGGACCCUCUUCCAAACACCCUCCCGGACCGAGGACAAAGCUGCUAUGCUUAUGCAGCAGGCCAGGGACAUGGAACCUAAAGAUAAGACAGACACUCGUCCCAUCCUGGUUGCAGUGGGUCUCCUUUUGUCCCCUGAUGAUUUCCAGAUGGUUCUGGAUGGAGACAACCCUUCCACAAUUCCCGUAGGCAGUCUUGGAUCUGGACCAGUGGCUCAGCUCUCUGCGAAGGCUCAGCAUCACUCUACAUCUUUACAGAAGGUGGAUGGACACCUGGUUAGACAAAGCAGUGACACCGAUAACACAGAGAGGAUGAAGUUGUGGGCAACACUGGUGAAGACAGCCAGGAGACAGGAAGUUUGGGAUGUGUGCCGAGCUGCUUGUCGAUUCUGUUUGCUUUACGAUGAUGGGAGAUGGAAGAUUUCCAAGGCUGACAAGUGUACAUGCUUGGAGGAGGAAAGCUGUGCAGAAUGUCUUCAUGGGUGCAAUGAAAGCCAAACCUGUAUGAGGGACUUCCUGCGCCUUUUAGCUGAAAUCCACUUCAUCAGUGCUGAGGCCACUGUCCAAAAGCUGCUAACGGAGGGAGUGCAGCUUAACAGCCCUGCUGUCCCCCCACAGGAGGUUUGUGUGUCUGAAGCGGACCCACACUGGGUUGUUUACAGAAACUGGAUCCAGGCUCUGUCUGCCUACGCCACCUCCAACUUCUUGCGGGCAGCGGAGCUCGGAUCAGAGAUCAGGGAGCCGUGGGUGGUUGGAAAUGCAGCCAUUUACCUGUGGAACUACAGCAGCCACUUACUAGCAGCUGGCGAGUACCAGUGCUUGUUUCUCCCCUUCCAGAGUCUGGUGGAGAUGCUACGAAAGAUAGAGUUCACUGGGAAUCGUGCCCUAGUUGUGCUGCUAUGUGAUGCUGUGGCCCGGGGUUUGAUCCAGCCUCUAUGUGGACCAGAGAGUGUUGAAGAAGCCCUGCAAGGAGACAAAAGCAAAAGCAGAGCUGAAAAGGGGAUGGAGAAGGCUGCCACUGCCACUGUUUUCUUAGACCCUGCUGCUCAGCAGGACGUCCGCAUGGCAUUAGAGCUCUGUGACUACGCCCUCCACAUAUCCAACUGCAGCAUCCAAGGGGAGGCGGUCCCCAUUGCAGCAAGGAAACAGGUGGUGGCCACAUGGGUGCAGAUCAAGAGGCUGCUGCAACAGCAGAUCGGCUCAAAGAUUGACACUAAAGAUGAGUGUGAGAAUGAGGAAGUGUCAGCGAUGACGCGCGUGCUGAUCGGAGUGGAGAUGCUCCAGUGCAAUAGGAACCCGAGGCAUAUGGAGUUCUCUGUUCCCAGUCUUUCCUCACUGGUGAGCAUGGCAUCAGAAUGCAGCUGGACGGACGCCGUGGUGGAGAUGCAGGUGUGGAGCCAGCUGGCUGCCUUCUGCCACUAUGCCAAGGAACACAGCUUGGUGUUGUGCUGCACCAAGAGCGCUCUGCAGCUGGAAGAAGCAGCAGCAAAGAGCCUAAACACCAUGCCCUGUGUUUUGUAUGACCUUACUGCAGUGAAUGAGAUACUAAGCAGUGCAGCCUGUUUGAGGGGCUUGAGCUUAGUCCAUGAGUCCAAUGGAGAUCUACACACUUACAGAGAGGCUAUGAAGGUGCUUCUCUCCAGUGUCAGCUAUGCAGAAAAGGCAAAGAAUCCAGCAUUGUGUGUCACAGCUGCCAGGCAUUACUGGAACACUUGUCUACUCCUGACACAUACUCCCGAGGAAAGAUGGCAACUCCAAGAUCCCCUGGAGAGGAUCCUGAAUGCUCUGGUUCAUACCACCACUAAACAUGCAAAUAAACAGAACAAAGUGAAAGGUUUGCUGACCUCGACAGCACUGCCUCUUGGGAGUUCUAAACAUGAAGCAACAGUAGGUGAAGAGGACCUAACCCUGAGAGCAGCCAUUUACAGUUUGCUGCUCCACAUCCACAUUGAUAAAACAGACUGGAAAAAUGCUCUGCAGCUGCUGGACAAAGCUACCAGAGACAUGCCUCGCAGCAGACACAGACUAUCUCUGCUGAAACAUUCUAUACUGGUGAAAGCACGACUGGGGGCAAGUGUAUUGAUGGACAUGCAGAAGUUUCAAGACGAAGGAGAGCAGUGCUGUUCAUUUAUGUGGCAUCAGGUGGCACUGUGUGCUGGCAAUAUAAGCCAGCAGCUGACCUGCUACCAGAAAUCCAUCACAUCUCUGUUGAGCACAGAGACUCAGUGGCAGAAGGUCAACCUUAUGCUGGAGUUUGGAGAGUGGCUGUAUUGUCACAACUUCCCCAAAGCCACUGCCCAACACCAGGUUGAGUGGGCCAUAGACAUCCUUCUACACCUGGAACCUGAACAGGAAGAAGGAGCAGAGGACAAGUCAAAAAAGAGGGGUUUACGUUCAGUGGAAUGUGAGUCUCUGGUGGGAGUCCAGGGCUUGUCAUUCAUGCAAAAUGUGUCCAGUCUGAGAGAUGUGCAGCGCCUUGACUGCUUAGUCCGAGCACACACUCUGCUCGCUGUCAUGGCAGACAGGACUUCACCUGAGCACCAGCUUAACCUGCUCAGAGCCUACACCUUUGUACUUCAAAUAUGGCAGGUUUCCAUGUCAGUUGCUUAUGAGAUUUCCAUUGAUAUGGCAAAGAAUCAGCCACUUCAGCCACCUCCCUCUGCUGGAUCCAAAAAAGGCAAAGAGAAAGGCAAAGGCAAGAAAGAUGUAAAAGUGAAAGAUACAACACCUGCAGAAGAAAGAGCUAAACCUGUUGUCCUGGAUCAGGCACUUCCUUCCUCACCGAAAGACUGGGCUCGCUACAUCUGUCCUGACCAGGCCAGGCAGAUAUUCAGAACCAACAGUAACCCCCACUGUAUCAAUACACACAGCAUCGCAAAGCAGACUCAAAGCCUGUUUUUUCUUGACCUGCUGGAAAAAGAGCUUCACUCACUCUCACUCGAUAACCUGACCCUGCCCAUAAUGCAUCUAGCUGAAACCAUUGCUCAUGACCUUUUGGAUGGGAGGAGCCUCUCUGACCUCUACCGACUUAGGAUUGUGAGGACCUGUUUCCAGCUGGGUUUGGAGACACAUUCACCAUAUCAGGAGACACUCCUGAACUUGUGCAGAAUCCAAGAACAAGAACAGAUGGAGUGCCACAAAGUGAUUGCUUGUUCGCAGGGAAGGAGACGCCUUCACAAAGCUUACAAUCAGAAAGCUGAGAUGGAUGAAAACGUUGGGAGACACGGUAUGGAUGUGUGUGCUCAGGACAUUUGGCUGAACAAAGCUGAGGUUUGCCUCAGCAUGGGGCUCUAUCAACCUGCCCGGGACCUCCUGGCAGAAGCUCAUGUAGUGGCUACGGAGCUUGGCGAUCAGAAAACAAUUGCAAGAAGUUUGCUCAGUCUGGCCACUCUGGCUUGUGAAGAGCAGAACCAUGCCCAAGCUCUGAUCCUGCUGGAAAAGGCUCAAGCCCUGGGUGGGGAUGAAGUGUUCUGGUACCAGCUCACCCUCACUAAGGUUAGAGCUGUAGCAGGCCAAAGACUCCAAGAUGCACAAACCAAGGUUAUUCAGACUAUAAAACAAGGCUGUGGGGCUCUGAAGCUGGUUCUGGAGCAGCGGGUAAACAGAGUCCCAGAGCUCACAUUCUUGAUCACCUCCUUAGAGAUGAGAGGUGCCAUGGAAUGUAUACGUGCCACUGGAGAUGGUGAACCUGGAGAGACACUUUGCGCCGAGGCUGCCCAGAAGCUAAUGGCUGCCUGUGAUACACUCAGAGAGUGUGCCAGUAGUUUCACUAAACUCACUUAUAGAGAACAGGCAGCAGAGGCACAUGCAGAGUACGCACAUGGUGUGAGAAUUUUAGCCAACCAUGCAACUGAUAAAGAAGAGAAACAGCGCUUCCUGCUCGAUGGCCUCUCCCAAAUGCAGCUAGCUGUCACAGCGCAGGAACACCUGGUGCUGAACGCUCAGAGCCCGCUCCCACCACAGAAGGAGAGUCAUGGAAUGUCACUGGCAGCUUUGCGGAGGCUGCUGCGCCUGCGACUGGCUCUGGCAGACUUUUGUCUGGCGAUGCUGGAGGAGCACUGUACUGAGGAGAAACGCCAAGCGCUGUCCCGCGAGAGGAAAUCCUCUGCUGAGAUAGCACUCGAGGAGUUUACACACUGCACACCUGAGCCCAACUCUAUUGAACAGGAAUGGGUGAGUGUUGGUAGCACUUUGGGGCAGGUGGCUCUGGGCCAGCUGGCUGCAGUCACUUCUCACUCCUUGGACAAAGUGGAAACCAGAGCGCGCUGCCUGAGUCUGAUGGGAAAGUACCUGAGACUGCUGGCUGUGCAGGAGGACCCCAUUUAUCUGUGUGCUCUCUGGGACAAACACAAACAUAAGGAGGCCUGGCCUGACCCUAAAACUGAUUCUGUGGAGGAGGGGAAUUCAAAGAAUGAGAGAUACAGAGAAUCAAGCAGAAAAGAGCUGAGGAUGACCUCUGCUAAAAGUGCUGAGCUGCAGCGGAGCAGGCAUAAAGCCCAGCAGCUGUUGGCACAGGCCAGUAAAGCUCUCGCUGAAGCCAUCAGCCUGUGUCUCCAACAUAGCCUGCCUUUUUCCAUCCUGGCUGAUGCCUCUAUCAACAUGUUGGACUGUCAUGGCCAGUCUGAACCUACAGUGGCAGGUCAAUAUCUUGCCCUGUUUCAGAGCUGCUGCACUGCAGCUAUGAUAGCUGAAGUCCUAAGUUCUGCCUGUGCUGACACCAGUGUGUCCCAGCUCUCGGCUCUGCUCAGCCUCCACAGGAAACUGCUCCUUUCUCAGGAGGAGAAGCCCAGCUGCAUGCUGAAUGGAGCAAAGGACUCCCUCAACAGCCUUUCCAAGGCCUUCAGCCAACUAACCAUCAAUCCCAACCACCUAAGCAUCCUUGCAGAGCUCCCACCCAACCUGAAAAUCCUGCUGCUUCAGCACUCUGAAGAUGGGUCAGAAAUUUAUGGGGCCUUCUAUGAAAUGAAAAAAGCUCCAGAAAAUCAGAAAGGAAAGACUACACAAGUUACAGGUACCCUGACGUGCUCUAGAGUGGCCAAGGUUUCGGUUUGCCCGCAGGCUCUGCUGGCACUGAGGGAGCAGACUCGGGCCUUUGGCCAGCACACUAGACAUUCCCUCCUCAAGGAAGCCUGUUGGCACAGUGCUGAGGGCAGGAUGGAGGCCUCUGAGGAACAUCAGGUUUUUCCUUGUAAAACUGCUGCAGAUGAAAAGUUAGCACCUCACUUCUGCAAAAUUGUACAAGAUAUGGAAGACUAUUUGAAUCCACUUCUCACACAGUUUGACUUCUCUUGCUUAAGGCUCCAGGCUGCAUCAGUACCAUUUCUUGAGACAACCAAAACCAAAGAUAAAGAAGAAAAAGGGAGCUCAACUAUUACCAACCAAUUACCAACCGAACCAGGGGAGUAUGUGGUGUUGCUGGCGGACAGAAAGUUGCUGGAGUUGCCACUGGAGUCUUUGUCAAUCCUUCAGAAGGAAGGCCUGAGCUCUGUGUCCCGAGACUUUUCCCUUCAGCUUCUUCACAGUCGACUGAACAGAGAAGUACUAGAGAAAGUUGAAAGUGACAACAAAAAGGAGACCAAAGGUGGUAAAGGAACUAAGGGGAAGGCAGAUCAAAGCCAAGCCAUCAAAGUGAUACAUGCCAAUCAUGCCUCAGCUUCGAACACCUUCCCUGUUGACACACGAAACCUCAAAUAUAUCAUCGACCCUUACAAUGAAGGCAUCUUUGAAGGGACCAGUCUGAGCAAAAGGAUAAAGGAGAUCUUGGAAACACACAGCAAACAAACGCCCAGUCUGUCUGAGAUGGAGCAGCUGCUGAGCAGAUGCAGCGCCAUUAUUUACCUGGGGAUGGAGCGCUUCAUGGCAAACAUCCCACCUGCUAAACUAGUUGCCCUCAGUCUAUCAGAGUGCCGCAUGGCCCUGCUGUUUGAGCAGGUUCAGAACAAUACAAGCUUUCUCCGACAAUCAAUCCUUGACGUGCACAAGAGCACAGGACAGCUUGCCCUGGAGAAACCCCUUGAGACUGCUCUGCUGUUGAGUUUGGCUGGUGUCGGCUGUGUUGUCCUCAAUCAGUGGCACUGCAGCCUUCAACAGAACGCAUACAACAUGGCCAUCGUUCUGGACAAUCUACUGAGAGUCGGACAGACCUCUGGUCAGACCAUCCAUGCUUUGAGGAAAGGGAACGGUUCAGAGAUAGCACACUACAAGGUUACAAGAUCAUCUGAUCUCAUGCUCCUCUCUGACUCAAAGGAAGACAAUGUUCUCCACAAAAUGACUCUCACACCAUCAGCUUUCAACUGUAUACUUUAUGGACUCCCUAACUUAAUUGUCAUGUAAUAUACUGUAGUAUAAACUCAAUAUUCCUCUCUCAGUUCAAGAUGAUACAUGUCAGCAAGCUUUGCAAAUAUUACUGUCAGCAAAAAACUGAACCUACUGCAGUAUGUGGGUUAAACUCUUAAUAAAGGAUGAUUCAUUACUUACAUUCUCCUCUAUGUGAAUUUAUGAGAAUACUGGCUUUAUACAUGAUGUUUUUAAUAUUGUUUUUACUAUACACAGCAGACAGUAAUAUACAAUAUGCAACAUGCCUGCUAGAGCUCUCAAUGUUCUGAGAGAGGGUAGCUUACACAGCUUCACCCUGUACAUGCCUUGUAUUAUUAAAAUAUCAAUGUAACUGUG